CAGGCGGCAGUGAUACAGCUGCAGUCAGACACCACAGAAGAAGAAGGAGAGCUACAUGGCUAAGCUAAAUCGGAGUGCUUUUGGGUUUCCCGUUUGUUUUACUGACUGUUCAGCUCUGGCUGCUGCUCCAGGAUGCUGUUGGUUCUGUCUGAGGAACACAAGGAACACCUCUCCUUCCUGCCGCAGGUCGACGCCGCAGUGGUUGGGGAGUUCGGUCGCAUAGCGCUGGAGUUCUUGAGGAGAGGAACCAGUCCUAAGAUCUAUGAGGGGGCAGCAAGGAAGCUGGGUGUUUCUGUGGAAAUGGUGCAGCAUGGAGUGGAAGGCCUGAUGUUCCUGAUGACAGAGAGCUCCAAACACAUGAUCUCUGAAGUGGAUUUCCUGGACUCUGUGCUGGUCUUGGGUUUCAGUGAGGAGCUAAACCAGAUCCUCUUACAGCUCUACCUUCAGCACCACGCUCACAUCCGCAGCAUCCUGAGUCAGCUGCCCUCCAACCAGCCAGCCUACCACAACCUGGAGUGGAGACUGGAUGUACAGUUGGCGAGUCGUGCAGUCCGUCAGCAGGUGGUUCCCAUGCUGACGCUGCGUCUGCUCCUGAGUGGGGUUGGUGACGGAGUCUGUGCCCGCAGAGGGAAGGUUCUCCAGACGGACCCCAGCACCCUCCUGCACCUCAUCUCCACACUUGAGGCCGCUCUGGCUGCCAUGAAAUCCAGCCACGCUCGGCGCAUAUUUCGCAACAUUAAAUAACCCCCCUUGUUCAAUUUGUGUGUAGCCUGUGCACAUCACAUUACUGCCUCUCCACCUGGGUGUCUUGCCGGGCAGCUCCUGGACGGUAAAGGAGGCCUACUUCCAUCAGACUGCUGGCUUUAUUACCCUGGGGUCACAUGUGCCUGAUGCUAUAGACUGUAUUGUAUACAAGGAUUCUAGAGUGCUGCUGAUAUUCUUAUAUCAGUUUGAGAUGACAUGAAAAGACUUUUGGUUGGUCAAAGCCAACAGUGAAGAGGCAGAAAGCCCUUGACUUCCAUCUGUAUUAACAUGACUGGAAGUACUGUAUGUUUCAGCACAGCAGAGCCGUUGAUUAUUAUUAUGAAUAUUAACAUGUGUAUUCAAUAAAUGUUUGUAUUUUCAAUAACAAUGCCUACGAACCAUUUAUAUGUUAAAAAAGUGUUGAAGAAAAAUAAAUCGCUGGUGUCAUUAUCAUUAA